UAUGUGUGUGUCCUCAAGUGGUUUCCAGGAUCCACCGCCAACGGCUGCCCACUGUGCCCAGUGCCAGUGCCAUGCCAGCACAUCACAACGGCCCGGCAAGCCCGACGAAGAACCUCUUCGACACCCCCUCUCUUGCUUCCUCCAUAAAUCCCUCUUUCCUGACUCACCGUUUCCCCGUGCCCUCUCUUCUGCGCUAGGACUUCGUCCCAUAGCCCGUUGGACACGAUGAACGCCGACGAUGAUUACGAAAUCGAGGUGCCGCAGCUGGCUGACGACGAUCCGAUGAAGGCUUUUUUGCCGGCGGCAUUCGGCAAGAAGUCGGGGGGCCCGGACAUUGCAGCUCAGAUUGAGCGCAGCCGCAGAGUCAUACCGGCCGAGGACAAAAAGCCCAAGGACGACAAGGCGAGCGAUGAUUCCGACAGCGACAGCGACAGCGAUAGCGAUUCGGACGACGGCGACGAGUACCCCGUGACCCACGAGCUGAUUCUGAAAACCCACGAGCGAGCCGUCACAACGAUAUCUCUCGAUCCUGCAGGCGGGCGGCUGGUGACGGGGUCACUAGAUGGCAAGACGAACUUGCACGACUUUGCGUCCAUGACACCCACCACUCUGCGAGCGUUUCGAUCGGUAGACCCCUUUGCUGGGAAGCCGUCUGAUGUGGCUGAAUCGCAUGCGAUACACCAGGUGCAGUUCAAUCCUCUAGGGGGCAGCGUAUUCCUGUGCAUAUCGGCACACCCGCAGGCCAAGAUUAUAUCGAGAGAUGGCGACAUCGUGACCGAGUUUGUCAAGGGCGACAUGUACCUACGGGACAUGCACAACACCAAGGGUCAUAUUUCAGAGGUCACAUCGGGCACGUGGCAUCCUACGAACAAGAACAUAUGCGUAACCGCGGGCACAGACAGCACACUGCGUAUAUGGGACAUCAACAACAAGCGCUCCCAGAAAGAGGUUGUGGUAUUCAAGUCAAAAGCCGCUGGUUCGGCCGGGCGAACGAAAAUGACUGCCGUUGCGUGGAGCGGAGCGGGCCAGACAGGUAACAUUCUCGUCGCCGCAGCCUUGGACGGAUCACUCGUGAUGUACGGUGGUAACGGGCCAUUCAACCGCCCAGCUGGUGAGAUUCGCGACGCGCACAAACCUCAGACCUGGACUGGUGGGCUUGACAUUUCUUCUGAUGGCCGUAUGGUAGUCACCCGCGGAGGCGACGACACGAUCAAGCUGUGGGACACGCGCAAGUUCAAGCAACCGCUAGUAUCCGUCGCGCACACGUCAACGUCGGACCAUUACCCGACCAGCAACAUCCGCUACGCCCCCAACUCGACGAGCAUUUUGACAGGGUCAGAGACAGGGCACCUGCACAUCCUGAACCCGGGCAACCUCCGCCCAGAACUAGUCACGCCUGUUACUCCAGGCUCUCCCCUUAUUGCUGUGGACUGGCAUCCCAAGAUUAACCAGAUUCUGACAGGGUCGGCGAACGGCGAGACGCGAGUGCUCUACAGCCCCGAAAGGUCGAGUCGCGGUGCUUACGAGGUGAUUACGCGUGCGCCCAAGAAAAGGCAUGUCGACGACAAUCCCGAGUUUACCAUGGACCAAACUCUCGGUAUCUCCGGUGAUGCCAUCAUCACGCCUGGCGCGAUGCCCGGUACGAAGAACAGGGCAGCAGGGAAGGGCAAAGACCCCAUGCGACCAGAACAGCCACUCCAGACUCCGUUUCAGAAGAGCCAGCCCGACGAGAGGCACAUUGCGGAGAACAUCCCCCUCGCACGCAUGCUGCAUGAGGAUCCGCGCGAGGCUUUGCUGAAGUAUGCUGACAAGGCUCAGAGUGAUCCACUGUUCACGAAAGCUUACAACAAAACCCAACCUCAAACGCAGUUUGCGGAUUUGAGUGAUGAAGAGGAGGGUCCAGAAAAGAAAAAGGCCAGGAGGUGAUCUCUUGAUGGCCCAAUUACUUGGUGAUAUCGAGACGCGACGCGACCAGAUUCGCGUGGACGCCAUUUGAGUCACGUGUAGGAGUAGCUAGCCUUAUGUAAUCACCGCAAGCGGGAAAGCGAGAUCCGCCUUAGUACUCGACGCCGCAUGCUGACUGGCCACAGCCGUGCUGAAAACUACGCGCGGCGGGUCCACAUUAGCCGCACGAGCCGUCACAGCGAAACUUGUCCACCUGUG